AUGGCUGACUUUGACUAUAACGUUGGCGGAGGGUACUUUGACUUUGGAAAUACCGAUUCCUUUUUGGAUUCGCUUAAUACUGCACUUCCAGGAUUCCCACCUUCUCCUAAUAGUAGUGAUGGGUAUCCCGAUUCCAAUGGUCUUAUUAAACAGGAAAACGAUGGCUACGACGAUAUCUUCAAGCAGUUGAUGAGCGACGAUAAUCAGUACCAGGCUAAUUUACAAAGCUCUUCGAUGUCGGUUGCUAGUUACUCAAACGAUUCAAGUUCAAAUGGAGUCACACCAAUCAGUCAACCCUCGUUGUCUUCUGCUCAUACUUCUCCAGAUACCCAUUUGAACACCAAGAUGAACCACGAAAGUGUGAACUCGACCAACUCGGACGAAGAUGAAUCGUCCAAACCAAUUAAAAAACCAACCAAGUCAAAAAUUACAAAACCUACAAUUAAAAAGGAUAAAUCUUCUCAUAAUAUGAUUGAAAAGAAGUACCGUACGAAUAUCAACUCGAAAAUCUUGGUCUUGAGAGACGCUGUUCCUUCUUUGAGAAUUGCCUCCGGGAAUGGAGAUACCUCCAUUGCCGACUUGGAAGGUUUAAGCCCGGCUUCAAAAUUGAAUAAGGCUAGUGUUUUAACUAAGGCAACCGAGUAUAUCAAACAUUUGGAGCGUAAAAAUGAAACCUUGAGGAAUCAAAAUGUUCAAUUACAAAAAUUAAUCCAAGAUGCAAGUUUGCAACCAUUACCUCAGCAACAGCAGCAGCAACAACAAGGAUUCGGAUUUGCUCCUCAAACCUCCUCUUUCAAUACCACUCCGGUCCAACAAUCCUACAGCAACAACUUUGUCUACAACAACCACAAUGCCAAUCCAAACUACCCUCAAAAUUUCAAUAAUAACAAUACCAACAACUCAAAUAAUAAUAGCUACCUCUUAGGUGGAAUGGCUGCAGUCAUGGGUACCUCUAUACUCAGUGGGGAUAACGGGGAUUUCCAGGGAUUAUCAAGUUUACCGUUUGCUCAUUUCUUACCUCAUUCUUUCCUCCAUCCUUCGCCCUUAACCAUUCAAUUAUUCAACUUAAUUAAAGUUUUUUUACUAAUAAUAUCAAUUGCUAGUUUGGCUUAUCCUUACUUGGAAAAAAUUUUUAAUAAAUCUGAUAAAGAAAAACAAAAUAAAAAGAACGUUUGGAUCUCUUGGAUUUUAGUCAAUUUUGGUUUACAAAUUCCAAAUAUAGUUGAUUCAAAUAAAACAAAUGAAAUCUUAUCCAGAUUAUCAGGUAAGAUUGCCUUUUCUUGGGUUGAUUUAUUAAAUGAUUAUAUUUAUUUAAGUUCUUCAGAAACUAAUUUUGAAAAUGCUUUUCUUAAUUUAAUAAUUGGUACUUUAUUAUCUAAAAAAUUCCCAAUUUUAGCAAAAUUUUUAAAUGUUAAUAUGAGUUUAAAAGGUUCUUUAAUUUCAAACUUAGAUUAUAAAGGUGAUGAUAUUUCUUUACAAAAAUUAAAUCAAUUAAUAAAAAACUUGGAUGGUAUCUCUCUUUUGGGUUCAACUAGUUUAAUUGAAAGAUUAAUUAAUUUAACCACUAAUAAUCCAAUUAAUAAUGAUGUUAACGAUGGUCAAAAUCAUUUAAAAUAUAUCGAAAUUUAUCAAGAAAAUUCAAAUGAUUAUUAUUCUCUUAUUUUCAAUUGGAGAAUAUUAGAAAUCCUUCAUCAAUUAAAUUUAUCCGUAUUGAAAAAUUUAAGCGGUAAGAAAAUUUCCAGUGAACAAAAAACUAAUUUGAAUAAUCAAAUUAUUAAGGAUUUAAAAUCAAUCAAUUCUUUAAUUAAUCCAAAUUCUAAAGUUGGUAAAUAUUUUGAAUUAUUCGAUUCAAUAAUCAAUCCUCGCGAAUCUUGUCUUAAAUUAUUGCAAAAUACCGAACUGGAAAUUUCUUCAAAAUUAAAUACUUUUAAAGUUUUAAUGGAUGGUCAAGAUUUAACCGAUCAUGAAAUCUCCGAUGAUGAUUCUACAAUUGCUACUAAUCAAAGUAAUCAUGAAUCUUUAUCUCCAAUUGAAAACAUCUCAAAACAAAAAUCGCUUAUUGGCUCUUUAAAUUUAAUAAAUGAAGAACAUUACAUUGUUUUAACUUGUUCUUUAAUUUUAUUCUAUAAUUCUAAAGAUCAAGCAAAAGCUUUGAGAUUAUUAAAACAUUUGAAUUUUAAUAAUAAAAAAAUCUCUUUAUCUCUUUUAUCCUUCACAGCUUUAUUAAUACUCAUUAAUGAUUCAAUUCAUGAUCAACAUGAUGAUUCAAAAGUCUUGGAUGAUUUGAUUAAAACUACAAGAUUAUGGAUUAAUGACGAUAAUAAAAGAUUUUUUUUAAAUGAUGAUCUUAGAGGUGAUAUUUCCGAUUUAAUAGUUUCCAAAGGUAUGGUUUUAGAUGGUAUAACCAACUCUGAAGAUGAUGAAUAA